AUGGUUGCUGAGAGGCUUGGCCAGGCUGUAGGCGAGUGGGGCAAACGACGGAGUGGAGAAAAGUAUAAAAGCCACACGACGGGGCUGCAGCGAAAUGGGUGUCUGCCUUGGGGCAAUCGAGCAGCGGCGAGUAGUGCUGAUCAGCGACGAGCCCAGGCACAUGUUUUCGGCCACAUCCAGGCCUGUCGUCUCGAUGUGUAUCGUGAAAUGCAGACAGACGUACAAACAAACAAACAGACAGACAAAGAGGCACAGGCAUACAAACAAUAG